UGUUUCAUUUCAAUCUUAUGCUGCUGCAUACACUGUGAUAUCUAUUCUGAUAGAGCGGGUUUCAAUCUUAUGCGGCAUACACUGUGAUUCUUGCUAUCUUUCUGCCUUUCUUCUGUCACCAUUUGGCUGUGGAGACUGGAGAUAGAUUACUUCUUGCAUUUUCAAUUACCCUAACUUGUCUGAUUCUUCAAAAAAAAAAAAAAAAGAUGGAUCCAAAACCAAACUCACUAUCAGCACCUAGGUGGCUUGUUCCUGGCACCCUGGUUGCACACGAAGUCGUGGAUGAACCCACGAGCCACCACAGAUCUGGCUCUGCCCUGGGGGUCAAGCUGGUUCUGUACCAGCUACUUGGACCUUGGAGAAAAUUGGCAGAGAGAUCUCUCCUCCCGAUGACCUCGCCUGUGAUCACAUAUGGGUCACUAGGGUGCUCGAGCCGCAGACGAGGUAGCCGGAUAGCUUGGGAGGCAAGGGGGGAGUAAGCAGCAAAUGGAAAUGGCUACUACAAAACUUGAUCGGCUUUAUCCCCAGGUCAAUGCUGAAGCUGGACAUGAGUAUGAAGUGUUUUUGAGCUUCAGGGGACCAGACAAUCGCAAUGAGUUCACUGACAACCUAUAUCAUCGUCUGAAAGAUGCAGGAGUACAAACCUUCAGGGAUGAUGAAGAGCUCCGUGUCGGAGAAGAGAUCGGGCCUGAGCUCAUGAGGGCAAUAAAGCAGUCAAAAAUCUCCAUACCCAUCUUCUCAAAGGGCUAUGCUUCGAGUAAGUGGUGUCUCAAGGAGGUGGCGGAGAUGAUGAAGCACAAGGAUGAGACGAAGCACAUGAUCCUGCCCAUUUUCUUAGACAUUACGCCAGAUGAAGUUCAGCACCAAACUGGGAAUUUUGGUGAAGCCUUUGCCCAGCACAAGGAAAAGUACAACUUCAAGACUGUUCAGGAGUGGAGGGAUGCUCUCCAAAAGGUUGUGAAACUGAAAGGGUUGGAACUCGAGAAAGAGGCAAAUGGGAAACAUGGAGUAUUCAUUAAAAAGGUGCUUGCAAGGGUUCUCAUCAGUUUGAAGAAGGCUUCUUUGGAUGUCAAUGACAUCUUGGUUGGAAUCGAUCACCAUGUCGAAGCUAUCAAGACGACAUUGCAGGAGGUUAAUGAAGCAGUUGUUCAAAUUGUUGGCAUAUGGGGCAUGGGCGGUAUUGGGAAAACAACUCUUGCAAAAGUUGUCUACAACCAACUGGUGGGUCAAUUUAAUUAUUUUUGCUUCCUUGAUGACAUUCGAGAAACAUCCUCACAGCCCAAGGGUCUUCAGUACUUGCAAAGCAAGCUACUUUCCGACAUCUUAAAAUGUGAGCGUGAAGAGUUCGCGAAUACGGAUGAAGGAACCAAGCAACUCAAGUACAGGCUCCGUCACAAGAAAGCGAUCAUUCUUUUGGAUGAUGUCGAUCGAGUCGACCAACUCAAGGCUUUAGCUGGGGAUCUUGCUUGGUUUGGUCUAGGAAGCAGGAUCAUUAUUACAACCCGAGAAAAGAAAGUUCUAGAUCUAUUUCAUGUAAGUGAUAUUUAUGAACUCGCACUAAUGGGUGAAGGUCAAGCUUUUGAACUCUUCUGCAGGCAUGCAUUUAUAAAAGGCUCGCCGACACCUGACUUAUUUGGCUUGUCCUGGGAUAUCGUGAGGACAACUGGAAGGCUCCCUCUGGCUCUUGAGGUAAUAGGCUCUUCUUUAUCUACAAGCAGUGGGCGCAAGGAGAUAUGGCAAGAUACACUGAAGCAGUUGAAGAAGAAACCCCAUAUGAAGGUCCGAGAUACGUUGAGGAUAAGUUAUGAUGGCUUGGAUCGUGAGCAGCAGGAAAUAUUUGUGGAUAUUGCAUGUUUCUUCAUUGGAACAGAUGCUAGAAUAGUAAAACCCAUGUGGGCUGAUAGUGAUUUUUUCCCUGAAGUUGGAAUUGAGAUCCUUCUCUUGAAGUCACUAAUCAAAAUCACAGGUGACAGUAAGCUAUGGAUGCAUGACCAACUCAGAGACCUUGGCAGGGAAAUUGUGGAACAGGAAAACUAUAAAGAGCCACGGUUGCGUAGUAGAUUGUGGCACAGUGAAGUGGCGAUGCUUGUAUUAGAGAGACAGCCAUGGGAGGGGAUGACAAAAGUUGAGGCCAUCAGUCUAGAAGGAUAUCAGUUCCGCUCGGAAGAUCACUGCAUUGAGGGUGAUCAGUUCACGCAUCUAACAAAUUUGAGGAUCCUUCAGCUAGGAGAGGCAAGUCUUUGUGGAAAUUUCAAGCGUCUUCUACCGGAUUUGCGGUGGCUAAAUUGGCAAUUCUGCAACUCCAAUCCUAUGCCACCAACCAAUUUAGAUCUGAAGAACCUAAUUGUCCUCAAUCUAUCGAGGAGCAUGGUCAGUGAGGAUUGGGCCGGCUGGAGCUUGAUGAAGGUAGCCGCGAAGCUAAAAGUUCUUGAUCUUACAGAAUGCAGGCAUCUAACAAGAACACCCGGUUUCCCAGCAUUUCCAGCUUUAGAGAGACUGAUUCUUCGAUCUUGUCACAACUUGGUCUCCUUUGAUCCAUCAAUAGGGCGACUUAGCGCUCUAGUCUCCUUAGACAUAAGGGGCUGCACGAAACUCAAUUAUUUGCCUCAGCUGGGUUCCGCACUGACUGAGCUUCUGGUUGAUCAUAAAGUUUUUUUGAGUUCCAGGGGAAUGGACACUCGCAAAUGAUUCCCUGACUCCCUAUACCGUUGCCUGAUAGCUGCAGGAGUCCAAACCUUAAGGGAAAUUGAAGAGCUCCGAGUUGGAGAAGAGAUCGGGCCUGCGCUCAUGAGGGAAAUCGAGCAGUCAAAAAUCUGCAUACAUAUCUUCUCAAAGAACUACGCUUCGAGUAAGUGGUGUCUCAGGGAGGUGGCGGAGAUUAUGAAGCUCAAGGAUGAGACGAAGCACGUGAUCAUAUCCAUUUUCUUAGACAUCACGCCAGAUGAAGUUAAGUACCAGACAGGGAGUUAUGCUAAAGCCUUUACCCAGCACGAGAAAAACUACGACUUCGAGACUGUUCAGGAGUGGAGGAAUGCUCUCCAAGAGGUUGUGAAACUGAAAGGGUUUGAACUCAAGAAAGAGGCAAACGGGAAUGAGGGAAAGUUCAUUAAAAAGGUGCUUGUAAGGGUUCUUAACUGUCUGAAGAAACCUUAUCUAGGUGUCACUGAUAUCUUGGUAGGAGUCGAUGAUCAUGUCGAAGCUGUCAAGACAUUGCUGGAGCUUGGAAAGGAAGGUGUUCAAAUUGUUGGAAUAUGGGGCAUGGGUGGAAUUGGGAAAACAACUCUUGCAAAAGUUGUCUACAACCAACUGUUGGAGAAAUUUGAAUCCUCUUGCUUCCUCAAUGACAUUAGGGAAACAUCCUCACAGCACAAGGGUCUUCAGUACUUGCAAAGCAAGCUACUAUCCGACAUCUUAAAUUGUAAGUGUGAAGACUUUGCAAAUACGAAUGAAGGAACCCAGGAGCUCAAGAACAGGCUCCGUGGAAAGAAAGCAAUCAUUCUUUUGGAUGAUGUUGACCAAGUUGAUCAACUCAAGGCUCUAGCUGGGGAUCUUGCUUGGUUUAGUCCAGAAAGCAGGAUUAUAGUUACAACCAGAGAAAAGACAGUUCUAGAUCUAUUUCGAAUAAAGAAUAUCUAUGAACACACUCUACUGAGUGAAUAUCAAGCUUUUAGACUCUUCUGCAAGCAUGCAUUUAUAACAGGCUUACCGACACCUGAUUUUGUUUACUUGUCUUGGGAUAUUGUGAGGACAACUGGAGGUCACCCCUUGACUCUUGAGGUAAUAGGUUCUAGUUUAUCUUUGGAAAACGGGCGCAAGGAUAUAUGGCAAGGAGCACUGGAGAAAUUGAAGAAGAUACCCCCUAGCAAUGUCCAAGAAAAGUUGAGGUUAAGUUAUAAUGGCUUAGAUCAGGAGCAGCAGGAGAUAUUUCUUAAUAUUGCAUGUUCCUUCAUCGGCACAGAUGCUAGAAUUGCAUGUGAGAUUUCCCCAAAAGUUGGAAUUGAGAUCCUUCUCUUUAAGUCAUUGAUUAGAAUAACAGAUAACGGUAAGUUAUGGAUGCACGACCUUCUCAGAGACCUUGGUAGGGAAAUUGUAAGAGAGGAAAACUAUAAAGAGCCACGGUUGCAGAGUAGAUUGUGACCCAGUGAAGAUGUGAUGUAUCUAUUAGAGAGGCAGCCUCAGGAGAGGAUGACAAAAGUUGAAGCCAUCAGUCUAGAAGGAUAUCAGUUCCGCUCGGAAGAUCUCUGCUUUAAGGAUGAUCAGUUUAAGAAUCUACCGAUCUUGAGGAUCCUUCUGUUAGAUAAAGCUAAUCUCAGUGGAAAUUUUGAGCGUAUUCUCCUGAACCUGCGGUGGCUGAGUUGGCACUUCUGCAACUUCAGUCCUACGCUGCCGACCAAUCUAAAUCUGAAGAACCUAAUUGUCCUCGAUCUAUCGAGGAGCAUGGUCAGUGAGGAUUGGGCCGGCUGGAGCUUGAUGAAGGUACCGACAGUUGUCUUUUGCCCGGUUCUGUUUCGGUCAUGCGAUUCAAGCUGAAUAAUCAUCUGAAGAGAAUAUUAUCUCUCUUUCUUCCCCAUCUUUUAAAUUUUUUUUCGUUCCUUCGGGUAGCCGUGAAGCUAAAAGUUCUUGAUCUUACAGAAUGCAACCAUCUAACAAGAACACCCGGUUUCUCAGAAUUUCCAGCUUUAGAGAGACUGAUUCUUCGAAAUUGUCGCAACUUGGUCUCCGUUGAUCCAUCAAUAGAGCUACUUAGCGCUCUAGUCUCCAUAGACAUAAGGGACUGCACGAAACUCGAACAUUUGCCUCAGUUGGGUUCAAUGGACGCACUGACUGAGCUUCUGGUUGAUGGAACCUCUAUACAGGAAUUACCUAUACUGAGAGGUACAGACAAGCUGGGGAAUCUGGAGGCCCUCGGCGCCAACUGACUGCGGAUUGCUUGCUCAAAUUCCAGACUCAUUAGAUAGGGUGCUUAGACUUUGCUCCAUUUAAUAUAUUUUUAAAAUUGCCACAUCCACUCUCUCUCUCCCCUCCACUCUCAUCUGCAACCCCUCUUUGCUCGUCUCUGCUCUCUCCCCUGGUGAUCUCCAUGGAAAUCGUCCUCAAUUCCAUCUCAUCCUCAUCACUUGGAAACGGAUCUGCAGUGGAAUCAGAACCUCACUUCCUUCAAUUCCUAUCUCAGCGGGGCAAUGGAAUGGCGGCUUCUUCCUCGACAAUCAGCACUGCCGCCUACCUCUUCUUCAUCGAGGAUGUCCAUUAAAAAUAAGCCGUGUUAGAUUAUUGAUGUUUUGGGUACAGAUUAUUGAGCUUAGAGUUUUGGGACGCUAUUUUAUUUAAUUGUGUACUUUCCUUUGUGAAUUGAAGUGCGUGGUAUAAUUGAAUUGCUAAAUUGGAGAAAUUAAAAGUGGAAUUCAAAUUGAAA